AUGCACUCCCGUGCCAGUUUAUUCUGCCCGGUCGACAACACCGCACGCCUCUUCAACCACCACCAAACCAGCAAGGCCACGACUAUCAUUAGUAUAAUUCCCACAACGGUCGGUCAGGUUAUUAUAGCAACCAAAUUCUCUCUCCAGCCCGAAUUCGGCCUAACCAGUGACACUGAAGCUCCAGUAUCGAAAAGGGCCUUCACUUUCUUGUCUCUCAGCAACACAUUACAAGUGAAGUCAGGCCCUUCCUUCAGCAAACGGUAUACCUGUGCCUUUCUCCUUCCCGUAUGUUCUCUCCCUUCCUCCCGCUUUCUCAACAACCGAGAUGUGGGAGUCGAUCUAAGUACAAUAACCGAACAAAGGAAACCAAAAAGUGAGGUCCGCCGCUCCGUGUUUUGUUUCUUUUUCCUCCUCCUUUUGCUUCCUUCUCUUUUCCUCCUUAUGUCCCUUUUAGACCAAUAUAGUCCGAAGACUAGAGUCCGUUCUGGUCUUACUUGGUCCAGACUGGACAAAACAAAUGCAACCUUCUCUCCUCUUUCAGACGGCCGUGGUAAUUCCCACGGUCCUAUCCUGGUCAACACGGCACCAGUCUAA